GGCGUCACCGUCUCCAAGGAGUGGUCCGGGGCACCGGUUUCAAAGUCGCAGGGCGGGCCGAGUGGACUUCCGCUGCUGGCCUGGGGCUUCCCAGCUGUCUUGGCGUCGUCCUCUCCAACCCCCGCCGCUCCGCGUAGAACGCCGCUCUCAGGCUGCCCUGCAGCUCCCGCGGCACUCUCCUAGGUGGCCCGACGAGACCCAGAGUGACCCGCGGGACGCCUGUAUCGACCGCGUCCUCUUCCCACCAGGGUGGGAUUGGGUUGAAUGUGGAGCAGAAUUCACUUGGCGCAUCCCCAGCAAUCUUCAGUCUCUCACCAGGGCCAGGGACUCGUCUGGGGCGCGGGGGAAGGAAGCGUGGCGGGGCUGUAGAUGCCGCGUGAGUAGGAUGCAGAUUGCACCGCUGGAGCGCUUGACAACCAACCGAGCGUUGGCUUAGUUUUGUUUUCCCGCACAGCAAGCUCUCUGUCUUUCAGAGGAAGAUAAAGGUGGUGAAAGCUCCAAACUAAAAUUGUAUCGAAAUGGCUACAGAAAUCGACUUUCUGAGAGAGCAAAAUCGAAGACUAAAUGAAGAUUUUAGGCGGUAUCAAAUGGAAAAUUUUUCCAAAUAUUCAUCUGUACAGAAGGCUGUCUGCCAAGGAGAAGGAGACGACACAUUUGAAAACCUAGUAUUUGACCAAAGCUUUUUAGCUCCUCUUAUUACUGAGUAUGAUAAACACCUAGGAGAACUAAAUGGGCAGCUGAAAUAUUAUCAGAAGCAGGUGGGUGAGAUGAAACUACAACUUGAAAAUGUCAUCAAGGAAAAUGAAAGGUUGCACAGUGAAUUAAAAGAUGCUGUUGAAAAAAAAUUGGAGGCCUUUCCCCUUGGCACAGAGAUAGGAACUGAUAUAUAUGCAGAUGAUGAAACAGUCAGAAACCUUCAAGAACAAUUGCAGCUAGCCAAUCAAGAAAAAACUCAGGCUGUGGAACUCUGGCAGACUGUUUCUCAGGAGUUGGACAGACUACACAAGCUUUACCAGGAACAUAUGACUGAGGCCCAGAUUCAUGUAUUUGAAAGUCAAAAACAAAAGGAUCAGCUAUUUGAUUUUCAACAACUGACCAAGCGACUUCAUGUUACUAAUGAGAACAUGGAAGUGACUAACCAACAGUUUCUGAAAACAGUAACUGAACAAAGUGUGAUAAUCGAACAACUCCGAAAAAAACUUAGGCAAGCCAAAUUAGAGCUGAGAGUUGCUGUAGCAAAAGUGGAAGAGUUAACUAAUGUGACUGAAGAUCUGCAGGGACAGAUGAAAAAGAAGGAGAAGGAUGUGGUGUCUGCCCAUGGAAGAGAGGAAGCAUCAGAUAGGCGCUUACAGCACUUACAGUCUAGUAUAAAACAAUUAGAAAUAAGAUUAUGUGUGACAAUCCAAGAAGCCAACCAAUUAAGAACCGAAAAUACACAUCUGGAAAAACAGACCAGAGAGCUACAAGCAAAGUGCAAUGAAUUAGAAAGUGAGAGAUACGAGGCUAUUGUAAGAGCCAGAAAUAGUAUGCAACUCUUAGAAGAAGCUAACCUUCAAAAAAGUCAGGCUCUACUUGAGGAAAAGCAAAAAGAAGAAGACAUAGAGAAAAUGAAAGAGACAGUUUCUCGGUUUGUACAAGAUGCUACCAUAAGAACCAAGAAAGAAGUUGCAAACACCAAAAAACAAUGUAAUAUACAAAUUUCUCGAUUAACAGAAGAACUUUCAGCCCUUCAAAUGGAGUGUGCUGAAAAACAAGGCCAAAUUGAACGAAUCAUUAAGGAAAAAAAAGCAGUGGAAGAAGAACUAGAAAAGAUUUACCGUGAAGGCAGAGGAAAUGAGAGUGAUUACAGAAAACUGGAAGAAAUGCACCAAAGAUUCCUGGUUUCAGAGCGUUCAAAAGAUGAUCUUCAGCUAAGACUUACGAGAGCAGAAAAUAGAAUAAAACAACUUGAAACUGACUCCUCAGAAGAAAUAUCACGUUACCAAGAAAUGAUUCAGAAACUUCAAAAUGUAUUGGAGUCUGAGAGAGAGAACUGUGGGCUUGUCAGUGAACAAAGGCUAAAACUUCAGCAAGAAAAUAAACAGUUACGGAAAGAGACUGAGAGUUUAAGGAAGAUUGCCCUGGAGGCUCAAAAAAAAGCCAAAGUAAAGAUCAGUACAAUGGAACAUGAAUUUUCAAUAAAGGAACGUGGGUUUGAAGUUCAAUUGAGAGAGAUGGAAGACAGUAAUAGAAAUUCCAUUGUUGAACUGAGGCAUCUCCUAGCGACUCAACAGAAGGCAGCCAAUAGGUGGAAAGAAGAAACGAAGAAACUUACUGAAAGUGCAGAAAGUAGAAUCAGUAAUCUAAAGACUGAGCUGAGUCGACAGAAACUUCAUACCCAAGAGCUGCUUUCUCAGCUGGAAAUGGCAAAUGAAAAGGUAGCUGAGAAUGAAAAGCUAAUUCUAGAGCAUCAAGAAAAAGCCAACAGACUUCAAAGGCGUCUAAGUCAGGCAGAAGAGAGAGCUGCUUCAGCUUCCCAGCAGGCAAUCAAAGCCUACCUCAGACUAGAACACAUCAUCUAAUGCAGUUCUGAGCAUUAAAGGGAGAUCAUAUUGAAGAUUUCAACCUUGAAGUUAAUUGUGAAGUUUGUUGCAGAUGGCUAAUGCUUCAAAGGUAGAAACUUUUUUCAGUGAUUUGGGUGAAAACAUGAACAUGAGUCCCUGGUGCGACAUUUCCCAUCACAGAUUGCACACACAACUGCCAAUGAUAGGCCCUUCCUUUGGCUCCUGGGGACUUAAUUUCCUUAGGGAACUAUUGUGGUUAUUCAACUUUAAGACCUUGUAGGAAGAAUCAGUUAUUUCUCUCAGGGGUCUUACUCAGAGCAAGCAAUAUGGAAGUAAAUAGUCACUAAGGAGAAACGAGAAAUAAACAAGCUUUUAGCAAAAUGUACGAAUAAUUGUUUUUUCUUUUAAACUGGCCAAAUCCUUACAAAAAUUAUAAAUUAAGAUAGCUACCUUGUUUUGGAUCCUAAUCAUUAUAAUCUACAUGAGAAUGCAUAAGUCACACCAGUUUUGCUGUUCCCAACAUAAAGAAAAAGGUGCAUUUCACUAUAUGCUAAUUUCUGCAUGUAGUGGAUGUACAAAAGAUUGUUUCAGGCAGGAAACAAUCUUUUCAGAAAUGAGAAUGAGAGUGUAGGCCCAGUUCUGCCAGUACCUACUGCUGUGAUCUUGGCCAAGUCUUAAGGUGUAUAAUGCAGAUAAUUUUAUUUUUGCUCUAUUGUCCCAGAGUUCUGUGAUCAAAAGAAAGCAUUUAAUGAAACUGCUCUUUGAAAAAUUAUUUUUAAAAAUUAUUUAAAGGUUGUAUUAUGAAUACAACCUUCCCAUCAUUCAGGAAUAUUUUUUCACCUCAGAAAGCUCAUUAGUUAAAAUAUUGUAAAUAUCAGUGUCUUGUUCCUAAUAAAAAUAAUAGCCUACCACUUACUAAAUGCCUAAUAUAUGCGCUCUGUAAGGUGCUCAAUGGACUUGCUUUAAAUAAUCACAACUACUUCAAUAUCUAAGUUACUAAGAUGUUAUCCUCUUUCUGGGAAAACUGAGGCUUAAAAUGGUUAAGUGACUUGGCCAAUGUCAUGUGCCUGGUAAACUAUAGUUUAGCCUUUAAAUACAGUUCUCUCUGACCCUGAAGUCUAUGUUGUUUCAACGAUUCUAUGUUUUCAGAUCCAAAACUGGAUUCUGGAAAGAACUCCAAGUGGGGAAGACUAAAAUCAAACCGUUAUUUUUCAGUCUCACCAUCAGAGUUGAGCCAGAAAGCAGCCCAGUGAAUCUGUGCUCUGCACAAACUUGAUAUGUUCUCUACAGUUCUCAUUCCUGAUUUAAAUUGGAAGACAGUAAACAACUGAUUCAGGACUGCUAAGUCAUAUAUACCUUUAAAUAUUUAGCAAAAGCAGAUUUCAAAAGACACUUAAAAUGUAUUGCAAAAUGUACAGCAUUUAUUCACAUACAGACAAAAAGGCACAAUUCUACUAAAUAGUUCAACAAAAAAAUACAGCUGUCCUCAACUAGUUUUAUAAAUACUUUCAAAAAGGGGGUAGAAAUAAAUACAGGAUUGGGUCAUGUAAUAUAAAAUAGUCAUCUCUACAUAUACUUUAAUUUGAUUUUUAACUCUUCAUGCACCUUUUUUUUUCAAUUUUAGUUGAAUGGACACCAAGCUAGGCACAUAGUGAAAAAUCCUCUGUACAAGGUUACAAAUGUAAUGACAAGUUUGUCCAUUUCAAAAUAAUUAAGAUUUGUACACAACACAUAAAACCCUUCAUUUAGAUCUUGUGUUUAUAACCUAACAAAUGACAUUCCAGGCAACUUUACAAAAGUUUAACUAGCCUACAUUUUGACAUAAUACAUUAAUCAUAAUCAAAGAUAUUUCUUGGUCAGGAUGCACAAGGAAAGAUAAAGCUUAAAAAAAACAAAUGCAAAUGGUUCCAUACUAAUAGAACGCAAGUGGGUGUUCGGGCUGGUUGCUGCUUAUGGCCACCUCAUACAGAGUUCCCAGCAUGACAUGAAACUAACUCACAAAGCUAUCAUUAUACUGUCAGAGAAACCGUGCUCUAUCCAUUUGCAUUUCGAAGCAGGAAUAAAAAGUGUGGGCUUUUUAUUUUUG